UUCUGCUCAUACCCUAUUAAGACACUCUGCAUUCACCACUUUAUUCUUCCUCUCCCAUUUCUCUACACUGUCUCGUCCAUGGCGGCCGCUACAUAUUUUGCUCCCUCUAUCUCAGCCUCCGCUUCUAAAACCCUAAAACAAGCUGCUUCUCUGAAACCUAUUUCUCCGUCCAGCUUGGGGUUCUCGUCUUCCUUUUCUUCCUUGGGAUCCAAUGCUCUCAAGGCUUUUGGAAUGAGUGGUUCUAACGCUUCCGGCUCCGCUCUUGGUGCUCGUAUGGUCUCCGUUCCUGCGAUCAAGCCCUUACCUACGCUUGAUUUUGAUACAUCUGUCUUCAAGAAGGAGAAAGUUAAUCUCGCUGGCCAUGAGGAGUAUAUAGUGAAGGGUGGUAGAGAUCUUUUUCCCCUGCUGCCGGAAGCGUUCAAGGGGAUCAAGCAAAUUGGUGUCAUUGGUUGGGGUUCCCAGGCACCUGCACAAGCUCAGAAUUUAAGAGAUUCGCUUGCUGAAGCCAAGUCUGAUAUUGUAGUUAAGAUUGGCCUGAGGAAGGGUUCCCGUUCGUUUGCGGAAGCUCGAGCAGUUGGUUUCUCUGAGGAGAAUGGGACUUUGGGUGAUAUAUAUGAAACUAUUUCGGAAAGUGACCUUGUUAUGCUGCUGAUUUCUGAUUCUGCACAGGUCUGUAGGUCUAAUUAUCUCAACUUUGUUGCUGCUGGUACUAUAUUAGACUAAAGUUGAAGUCUGGGG